AUGUGGUCAACCAUUAAGGAAUCUUUUGAAAAAUUUCAACAACUAUUAGAAGAAGAUGCAGAAAACAAUGAAGAAGAAGAACUAGGUAUACCUUCAUUAGAACUAUGCAGUGCAUUAUUAUUAUCACAGUUAGUAAAUUCAGUUGCAUCAGCAUUAAGGAUAAAACCAAAAAACAUAUUUUUAUGGUCUGAUUCUAUGAUAAAAUUAACUUGGAUUUCAGCUAGCCAAAUAAGUGGAAGCAGUGUUGCCAACAGGGUCCGUGAAAUACAAAGAUUAACUUAUACUGCUCGGUGGAAUCAUAUAAAAUUUGAAGACAAUUCAGUAGAAUUAAUUUCAAGAGGAGUUCAGCCAUCAAAAUUAAAAGAAGCAACUCUAUGGUGGUCAGGUUCAACGUGGUUAAGGUUUUCUAGUGAAAAUUGGCCAUUGACCACAAGAGUUGUACUAGAAAUUAUACCUGAAGAGCGAACUAUGAAAACAAAGUCAUUUGUAGCAUCAAACAUUCAAUUCCAAAAUUAUUCUUUAUGGUAUCGAUUCACUGGAACAACUGCAUACAUAUUCAGAUUCAGUUACAACAUUAAAACAAGAUCCAAAGGAAAGGAAAAAAGAAGUGGUAAUCUAACUACUGAAGAAAUUCAACAAGCAACAAUAUAUUGGUAUCAAGAAGGAGUACUUAGAAUUGGUGGUCGAUUACGACAUUCAUCGCGUUCUUAUGACAAGAAACAUCCAAUACUAUUUCCUAAACAACAUCACAUUACUAAACUUAUUGCCAAAUAUUUACACAUUUCAAAUUUGCAUAUAGAUCCUCAAGCUCUUUUAACAAUCACGCGACAGAGGUACUGGCCAUUAAGUGGGAAAAACUUAUGCAAAAAAAUAGUACACUCAUGCAUUGUAUGUUUUAAAGCAAAACCUAACUUCCAAUCUCCUCUUAUGAGUCAGCUAUCUAGUGCAAGAAUAACUCCCUCGAGGUCAUUUAAUAAUACUGGCAUAGACUUUUGUGGUCCAGUCUACAUUAGACAAUCAACAAACAAACGAACAUGUAAGGUAAAGACAUACAUAGUUGUUUUUGUAUGCAUGGCUGUCAAGGCAGUUCACUUGAAUCUUGUAAGUGAUCUUAGUACAAAUGCAUUCACUGCAGCACUCAAACGGUUCAUAGCCAGAAGGGGUCAUCAAAAACAAGGUGAACCUUGGUCAAAUGUGUCUACCAGAUCCUAUCAAGUGACAUUUCAUCCCUCCAAAUGUCCAUCAUAUAGGUGGCUUUUGGGAGGCAUGUGUGAAAUCGUCUUCAAAGAACCAUGA